AUGGUCGCCCCGGCUGUGCCAGAGGUUACUGAGGAGGUCCUCCACGAGUCGAUUGAUGCCAGAACCGAAUCCCUGGUUGCCUUGCGAGAGCUUGGGCCUCCUGACCUGGUACAUCUCCUGAAGCAAGGUGUGCGCAAUUCAGGAAAGCAGACUGGUAUUUACCAUCAUGUCACCGGUGUCGAUGCUUCCUCGUCCGCCAGUCUUGCAGCCUACAUCAACACGCUCACGUACAAGGACAACGGCCCGAAUGCCACUUCAAAGAUUGUAGAGGGCGUAUACUGCUGCUACAAUGCGUUUUCUCGGCUGGACAUGCGCGUGCACGUGUCCAUUCCCGGUACCGUCGAGAGCUAUUGCGUCGAUGAGCGAGGAGAGAAGCGAAAGGCCUCAGACGAGCUGUGGCUGGAGACAUAUCUCUGCAGCGUCUUGAGAGCAUACUCCUACGCGGAUGACGGCAGUGGUGACACGAUUCGAAAGAUCAUGGGCGUCAGGAGAUUCAACCCCGUGACCAACACCGAGACAGAGCAACGCUUUCUCAAUGCAGCAGAGCAACUUUUUUUCAGAGGCUGGCAGCUGGGAUCCGAUUCCGUUGUUCAAGUUCCCACAAAUGUUUCUAACCACCUCACCACGGGACUUCUCAAAUACCUUGAAACUACCGGCCGAUACGCAUCGGGCAUCAACCUAUUCGAGAAGCUUCGCACACAGAGCAUUGAGGUGUCAUCAUUGUUGUCAAAAGUCAUGUUCAUGGGUAACGAGGAGGUUUCCGGCGUCAAGAACUUGUAUCAGUCCUUACAGGAGACACCCAUGGACUAUGUCAUGCUCGACACACAAGCGGAAUUUUUGCUCAAGAAGGCGCAGAAGGCCGAAACGCCGGAAGCGAGAGAAGAGAGAUUAAAGAUGGCACUUGGCUGUGCAGAUCGCAGUACUGUCGCCGCUCCAAGCGAGUUUGGCACAUGGGCACGGCUGGCACAGGUCUAUGUUGCUAUGGAGGACUGGGAGAACGCGCUUACCACGUUAAACUCAUGCCCAAUGUUUACUUAUCAGGACAAGGAUACUCCUAUCAUGCCCGAACCGAGAGAUGUUCAUCUGCCAACGCUCCCCGAGACGCGACUCGACGAGAUCGACAGCGAACCGGAAUCCAGAUUUUCAGAACAAGUCGACGCCAGUUUGCUGGGGCUUCGAGCUGCGGGUUACCGUGGCACUUUCAAGCAGGCAUAUAACAUUCUAACAGAAAUGACCGCCAAGAUUGGCUGGGAUCAGUUGCUCAAGAUUCGCAGCAAUGUGUUUGUCAUGGAGGAUGAGUAUCGAACGGAGAAACAAGAAUCAUCACACUCUGGUCCCUCGAAACGAAACGCCAGCAUAGAUGGUCUCCGAGGUGCUCCCGAUCCGAUAACGAAUGGUGAAGGUGAAUCGGAGAAUGAAGAUGCCGAAAACCCGAGCGACAGAGAUCCUGCAGAAAAGACGGCAACCAACGGCGAGACCAACAGCGUCGAGAAGCCGCCUCACGCCAUUGAUCCAAAAGAAGUAAAGGCUGAUUCCGACCACCUUAACACCAAGCGUCUCUGUGAGAGAUGGCUGGACAGCCUGUUUAUGGUUCUGUAUGAAGACCUGCGUGUGUACACUAUCUGGCGGACACAAAUGGCCCAAUAUCGGGCGCAGCAAAUGCAGUAUAAGAAGUCGGCAGAAGAGUGGGAAAUUCUCGGGGCCCUUGCUGAACGUCUGCAGCAUUUUGACGAAGCUGUCGAGGCCUACCGAGCGUGUCUAUCGCUGCGAUUCAGCCCCAAGUCCCUUGCUGGUGUAUUGAGGGUUUUUCAAAAGACUAAGAACACAAGGGAUACUGUAGCAGCAGUGAUCAGGUUGGUAACGUGGCAGUACCGAUGGUACAGCGAGUUCAGCCCGGAACUUCUGUACACCAUUCGGACUCUGAUCGAAGAUGAAGGUGCAGUCAAGAUCAGGAGCAUCAUUCAGGCGACCAGUCUGCCUCAGACCGUGCUAGACUUGACGCACCACUACGCGGCGUUAUGUGCUACGUUUCGCAGCAGCGGAACUGAUGGUUAG